GCCACUAUCAGUGGGUGGGUGAUGGUGAGUGAGGACUGGGGAGGAGGAGUGGUUGCAGUUAGGCUGGCUAGAUAGGUAGUACAAGUCCAUCACUCACUAUCAAGGCAAGGGGAAGGGGAAGGGGAAGGGAAGCUGCUUCAUCUUUUUUCUCCCUUUCCCACGGCUCCAUCCAUCAUUAUUCGUCACUGUCCGGGUUUUAAUUGCCGCAGCAGUACAUAAACAUUACAAAUAAUUGCUAUCUUGUUGUUACAAAUGUGAUGCACAUCCAUCCUUGGGGUGCUUGUUUGCCAUGGCUCCUCCGCAGGAGAGCAACAAGGACGACGGUGCCGCGACCACGCCGACGAUGGAGGAGGAAGAGGAGCUUCAUCGCCAUGGCGAGCGGCCGCUGCUGUCGGCGUGUGAGCAGGAGGAUGGCAGCAAGCCAUUGCCAUUGCCGGUGAAGAGGAGGAGGAGGAGCAGCAGCCUGAGCAGAUCGUCAAGGUCAGGCGAGCAGGGGUGGGAAGAGGAGGCGCCUGGCCCCCGGUCGCUGUCCUUCUCCAGGCUCUUCAGCAGCUUCAGGAUGAUGGCCGCCUCCUCCACCACCAUGGACAUUGACGAGCUAGCAGCCGCCGAAGACGGAUGUGCAGCUCUCAACCCUCAGCAGCAGUGGAGGAAGCCGGUGUGCCGGACGCAGUCGCUGCCGAUGACGAGCAUCUCCAGGAGGCUCCCCAGCAGGAAGCGGGUGGCGGACUCGAGCUCCCUGCGCCGGUUCCGGGUGUCGUCACUGUCGUCGGCGGCGCCCGCGCCAUUGCCGGAAUCAGCGUCGCCGCCCUCUUCGCCGUCACCGUCGGAAGAAGAAGGAGGAGAUGGAGAGGAGGUGGGGGAGGAGGAGGCGGUGUGCCGUAUCUGCAUGGUGGCGCUGCUGGAGGAGGAGGAGGAAGGAGGGGCCGGCGACGGCGUGCUGAAGCUGGAGUGCCGGUGCAAGGGCGAGCUGGCGCUGGCGCACCGCCGCUGCGCGCUCAAGUGGUUCGGCAUCAAGGGCAACCCCAACUGCGACGUCUGCGGCCACGACGUCCUCAACCUCCCCGUCACCCUCCGCCGCGUCGCCGCCCCUCCCCCACCACCACCUCCUCCCCUCACCGCCGGCAAUGGCAAUGGCAGCACCAGCCAAGAGGAAGAACAAGAAGCAAGAGAGAGAAGAGGGUUGAGGGGCGUGUGGCGGCAUGGCACGGUGAUCCUGGUGACGGUGAGCAUGCUGGCCUACUUCUGCUUCCUGGAGCAGCUGCUGGUGGGCGACCACGGCAACGCCGCCGCCGCCCUCGCCGUCUCCGUGCCCUUCGCCGUCGUGCUCGGCACCUUCUCCGCGCUCACCACCGCCGGGAUGGCCUCCUCCCGCCGCUACGUGUGGGCAUACUCGGCGCUGCAGUUCCUGCUCGUCGUCCUCUUCACCCACCUCUUCUACCGCUACGUCAACCUCCAGGCCGUCAUCGCCAUCAUCCUCUCCGCCUUCGCCGGCUUCGGCGUCGCCAUCUGCGCCAACGCCAUGCUGCUCCAGGCCGCCCGCUGGAGGGCCGCCGUGGCCGCCCGCCACACCCCGCCGCCGUCGUCAGACCUCGACAUCCCUCAGCCAUAGACAACAUACAUAUACAUAUAUAUACUCUGCUGUUCUCUACUCUCUUACUGUACAUAUACCAGUUACCUGAUGGCCACCCUUCUCCCAGAUUUUGUGUAUGAUCGUAUAUAUAGUUUGUAAUUUGAAAAAUACUUAGACAAGAAGAUGUAUGUAGUAAGAAAAAGGACAUCUUGCUUUUA